AUGAAGUCCCAGUAUAUCAAAUCUGCGCAUUCCAUACCAGCACAAUACAAUAGUACUGAAGCUCGGUGCAUGACAAAAGCAAGAAGGCUUGGCGUUCCUACCCCAGUGCUUUAUGCUGUGGAUCCACUUCUGCAUACUUUGACCUUUGAGUAUGUGGAUGGCUUGUCUGUCAAGGAUAUACUUCUUGGAUUUGGUUCAGAUGGGGUUAAUGAGGAACGCCUGAAUGAUAUUGCCACACAGAUAGGAAACGCCGUUGGCAAACUACAUGAUGGAGGCCUUGUUCAUGGUGAUUUGACCACGUCAAACAUGAUAAUUAAGAACAGUAACAAUCAAUUGGUUCUUAUUGAUUUUGGUCUGAGUUUCACAUCAACAAUUCCCGAGGACAAAGCUGUGGACCUAUAUGUGCUGGAGAGAGCUUUGAUUUCCAUGCAUUCGUCCUGUGGGGAUGUGCAAUCUUAUGUGGGUAACAGCACUGAUUUUGAUGAUGAACCAGAUGGAGAAAAUCCUGGCGGCGUACAGAAAGGCUUCGAAGCAGUGGUGCUCCACCCAGAACAAGCUGGCUCAAGGUAUGGCGUGGUCCUGGACCUGUGGCAGCGCAUGGCCUUUGUUGCUGUCUUAUGUAGCUGUGCUGACUGCAGUGCUGCUGAUGGUGCUGGCUGGCUCGUGGCUCCCGAUCACGACAUGCUCAAUGUCUCCGCGGCCGAAAGAAGAAAGGACGCCGGUAUAUAUAGGGAGUAUCAUGCAUGUGCGACAAAAGGGAGGGAAUGGAAGGAAAGGAAGGCAAAGGUGUGUGCCGAGGUUGAAGAAGAGAAGGAGAAGAAGGCUGCAGUGCAGAGGGCCAGGCCAGACGGCCAGUGGUGGCGAUAG